AUGUUCAGAUACGUGCCAUUUAUUUCCAACGACCCAUUCUUCGACGACUUCUUUGGCUUCCAGGACAGACCUCAUCACCACAGGCGUCCCAGAAGAGCCAUCAACUACGAUGCCGAUUCAGGCGACUCCCAGCUCACCAGCUUCAGAGGAUACCCUCAGACCGUGAGUAAGUGGUAUGACGACUUUGGUGACUUGAGAGACUUGGGCGAUGUGUUGAAGUUGAAGGAGGAGCCCGACAGAUAUUUGGUGAAGGUGCGGGACGCCAAUGCAUCAACCAAGGACUUGCAGGUGAACUACCACAAGAAGGAGAACCAAUUGGAGGUUACCAUCUCGCACAACCAGGAGAGCACUGAGGGUAGCCACAGCUACACUUCGCUGUCUACGUCCACAAGCAGAGUUGGAUUUGAAAAGGCUGUGGACUUUGAGAAGAUCACCGCCGACGUAGGCUCUGAAGGAGUGAUCAUCACUGUUCCAAAGACCGAGCGUGACGAGGACAAUGUCUACAAGAUUGACAUUGGACGGUCCGGUGAGCAGGGCAAGAUCGAGAAGGACAAGGAGUCUGACGCCUGA